GGAUCGCCCUUGAUUCAUUAACACUUGAAGAAAUGGAGGAGAAAACACUGAACUUACUGCAGAAUUCUCAGGGUGGUUUCUUCAGCUCUGUUCAACCAACAUAAACUCUGCUUCUCCUUCCGGCUUUGCACUACAAUCAUGCAGAAUAAUGCUGAUGGGAACCUCAGGCCAGAUGGCAUUGGAUUUCGACCAGAGAGAGAAUGGAACCUCUUUCUGUAUUCCAGUAUCCUCAUAAACAUUGAAAAUAUUCUCUCCAAGCCAAGACUUGAUCGCAUAUUUGAAAUGUGUAAAAAUCAGCACCUUCCAUGGCUGUCGGAGUCACGGUGGAGGCAGUACCAGCACCUCAGCCGGCAGCUGGAGCCCUUCUCCCUGCUGUGCAAAUCCCUCUUGUCCAAUCCUCCACAGUGGAAUGCAUUUAAGAAUAGUAAGGCUGUAUAUUCUCUGAUGAACAUGGUGUUUUGCUCAGAGACGUCUCCAUCGGAGGUUUACAUGAAAUCCCCAGAGGAAACUGAACUUUUGAAUGAAAAUGAAGAAACGUAUAAUCCUACAAAUUUUCCCUGGGAGAAACUGACUCCAUUUCAAAGACUUAUUCUGAUAAAAAUUCUUAGACCAGAAAGUUUAAAGAAAUCAGUGAGAAACUUUGUAACUGAAAAAAUGGGAAGUGAAUAUCUUCAUGGAGGUGGAGUUAAUCUGAAGGAGUCGUACAGAGUCUACUGCCCAGACCCGGCUAAUCCUCAUCCACUCCCAGGGUCACACAGAGCUUGACCUCACCAGUAUCCUCCUGAGAUUUGCACAAGAGGUAAAAGGAACAACACACCACGUGACCACAAUUUCCUUGGCCCGGGGCCAG